AUGGCUGAACUUAAAAAAGUGCGACGUGUUCGCAUUGGUGAGAAAGAAGCUGAAGAAGCCAAGCAGCUGUUAGGUAAAUUACUUGCAUCUACCGAUGCGUCAGAGAGAAAGGAAUUGGCUGAGAGAUGCGCUGGUUUUGCAAAUCAUUAUGGUGUCCGUGCGCUCAAGGGGGCUCAUCUCUUUCCCGCUAUCUCUACUGAACUGUUUGCCAAAAAGGUGCGUGCUCCUCAAGCUUUGGGCGCUAUACAGUUGGCACAAGAGCUGACUACGACUUCUAAUGCUCUCCUCUGUGGUCAACUUGAACCCCACUUGAUUACCUUACUUCAUCCGUUGUUAGACCUUCAAGCCGCAAAAGAUAAGGCCAUGGCUGAAUCAUCCGCUCAGCUGGCUCACACGAUUGCAAAGUCAUUUAAUCCCAUAGCAACCCGUGAGAUUGUGACGUACUGCCUUGACGGUCUAGAUAAUUCCAAAAAAUGGCAAACCAAGAUGCUGGCACUUGAACUUAUCGAAAUCCUCGCUCAAAUCAAUCCGGUCCAAGUCUUGGCUUGUUUGCCAAUCAUUAUCCCUGUUGUUUCUGAUUGUAUGUGGGAUACAAAGCCUGAGGUCAAGAAAGCGGCUACCAAGUGUAUGACAACCACAACCGCUCUUUUGGAUAACAAGGAUAUUGAACGCUUUAUUCCCGCUGUGAUCGAGUGUAUCAAUCAUCCUGAAAAAGUACCUGACACUAUCCAUCAAUUGGGUGCCACAACCUUUGUUCAGGAAGUCGACGCGGGUACUCUCUCUCUGAUGGUUCCUUUGCUAGCCCGUGGUUUGCGUGAACGGCAAACGCCUAUCAAGCGAAAGUCUGCCUUGAUUAUUGACAACAUGUGUAAACUCGUGGACGAUCCUGAAGUAGCUGCUCCCUUCCUGCCUGUGCUUUUGCCUGCUCUCGAACAUGUGCAUGACGUCGUAGCAGAUCCUGAGUGUCGUGGUGUUGUUCAGAAGGCUGUCGAGACCCUGAAACGAGUUGGAGGUGGUAGUCCAGAGUCUGUUAUGACCAACGAUCAAAAACGUGAAAAGGUAGAGACGACUCUCGACCGGUUGAUGCCCACUAAGCUCGAAGGCUUCUUUUCUCCCGUUCGCAAGUAUAUCAUCAGACUUGCUCUUGCGCUCGUCUUGGCUAAAAAUUUUGACCGUAACGCCUGGAUCUCGUCUGUCUCGCCUCAUGCUGCUACUUGGUUGCUUGCUACAGGUCGUGAACACGAAGAUGAGGAAACAGAAGCCUCGGCUGAAAAACUGGCCUUGGCCGCUUUGUCCUCUUGCGAAGAAGCGAUUGCGCACAAGGAUGUGGAUCAAGACGAGGAAGAUGAAGGUGAAGAGCUCUGCAACUGUGAAUUCUCGCUUGCUUAUGGUGCCAAGAUCUUGCUCAACCGUACUCACCUGCGUCUCAUGCGAGGCCGUCGCUAUGGUCUCUGUGGCGCUAAUGGCUGUGGCAAGUCUACGUUGAUGCGUGCAAUUGCAAAUGAACAAGUCGAAGGAUUCCCUCCUCGUUCAGUUCUCAAGACGGUUUAUGUAGAACACGAUAUUGAUGGUUCUCAAGCAGAUACAGGUCUUGUCGAAUUCAUCAUUUCUUCUGAAGGUGUCGAGUGUCAAGAUAAGGCUGAAGUCGCGCGUAUUCUCAAGAAUUAUGGUUUUACAGAAGAAAUGGUCCAUCAUCAAGCCAUCGGCUCUCUCUCUGGUGGUUGGAAGAUGAAGCUCGCUCUGGCUCGUGCCAUGUUAAUGAAUGCUGAUAUCCUUUUGCUGGAUGAACCUACAAAUCACUUGGACGUGGUAAAUGUUGCAUGGCUUGAAAACUACCUUCUUGGAUUGAAGACGGUAACCUCCAUCAUUGUCUCUCAUGACUCUGGUUUCUUGGACCAUGUCUGUACCGAUAUUAUUCAUUAUGAAGGUAAUUACAAAUUGAAGCGGUAUAAAGGUAAUCUCUCCGAGUUUGUCAAACGUGUGCCUCGUGCUGCCGCCUACUACUCUUUGGAUGCUGCCAAGACUGUUUUCCGCUUCCCUGAACCUGGUUAUCUGGAAGGCAUCAAGACCAAGGAACGUGCAAUCUUAAAGAUGAAGAAUGUCGACUUUCAGUAUCCUGGCUCAUCCAAGAAGCAGUUGGUUGAUAUCUCCAUGCAGUGUUCUCUUGCCUCGCGUGUAGCCGUGAUUGGUCCUAAUGGUGCUGGAAAGUCUACCUUGAUCAAGCUAUUGACAGGUGAGCUCGAGGCCCAAACGGGUACGGUAUGGAAGCAUCCCAAUUUACGUAUUGCCUACGUUGCUCAACAUGCCUUCCAUCACAUCGAACAACACUUGGAUAAGACGCCAAACGAAUACAUUCAGUGGCGUUAUGCUACUGGCGAAGACCGUGAAGAGCUCGACAAGAAUGAACGUAUGAACUUGGAAGAGACCAAAAAGGCUUUAGAACAGGUGUUUGUCAUUGAUGGUGAGAAACGUGUGGUUGAAGAUAUUGUGGGUCGUCGUAAGCUCAAGCAGUCCUACGAAUACGAAGUCUCCUGGGUCGGUCGAUCUUCUGUCGAUAACACCUGGAUUUCUCGUUCUAGACUUGAAGAAAUGGGCUUUGGUAAGAAGAUUGCUGAAGUCGAUGCUGCUGAAGCUGCCAAGAUGGGCAUUGCACGUCCCUUGACAGCCAAGGAAAUUGAAAAGCACCUUACUGAAGUUGGAUUAGAACCUGAAUUCGCUUCUCACUCUCACAUCCGUGGCCUCUCUGGUGGUCAAAAGGUCAAACUUGUUAUUGGUGCUGCCAUGUGGAAUAGACCUCACAUGCUGGUUCUUGAUGAGCCUACUAACUACUUGGAUCGUGAAUCUCUUGGUGCACUUGCUACUGCUAUUCGUGAAUAUGGUGGUGGUGUUGUCAUUGUCACUCACAACCGUGAAUUUUCCGAAGCAUUAUGCAAUGAAGUAUGGAAAGUGGAAAAUGGGUACUUGACUCCUUCUGGCCAUAACUGGGUCUCUGGUAAUGGUACGACUGUCGUCAAGGAAGAAGAAGAGGAAGAUAUGGUGGAUGCUCAAGGAAAUACGAUCAAGGCAGUUCAAAAGAAGAAGAAGUUGACCUCCAAGGAACUUCGAAAAAAGAAGAAGGAGCGUAUGGAACGCCGUAAGCGUGGUGAAGAAGUCUUUUCAUCAGAUGAAGAUAUAUAA